CCACAUGAUGUGCCUUUUUAAAUAACAAUACUUUAUUAUUAAGAUAUUGAAGAUUGUUUUAUGUUGUUAAGAUGUCAUAUGUCUAUUCUUCUGUUUUUUUUUUUUUUUUUAGGUAUGAUUUAUCAAAUAACGAUUUUGUUUAUCCCCUCGGAUUCUCUUCUUCUAGAGCUCAAAAUAACCAAACAGGAGUUUCAUCCAUUUUUGAUGAGAAUUUUCCUCCAAGCGGCUUCAUGAAAGACUUGGAUUCAUCUCCAGAAAGAAUGGACACAUUGUCAGGGAAGAAGAGCAAUGGAAGUGAUGGAGAGAGCAUGAGAGAUGCCAUAGAAGAAAGCAUUUUUGAUUUCUCGCCGUCUUCGAUCACUCAAAGUAAUCAUAUCAAGAAAACAGGCUUCAGAGCCAGACCUAAACUGGCUUCUGCUCAAGCCGUCCUUUCAUCCAAGCUAGAAGAUCCAACAGAAAUGCAGACAAAUGCAUGUGAGGAACCAGAGGAUAGGAAACCAGAACCUCUGAAACGUGUUUGCAUGGAUCCCCUACCAAUAGCUGCUGGAGAAACAACCAAGGACGAAGAUGUGGAAGAGCAGAAAGUGAAAGAGGGGGUGAUGGCAGGUGAAAAUCUUGUAGAAGAGGGUUCAAAAGUGGCAUUGAAUGCAGCAACAAGGAAAAGCCUGUGGAGAAGAAAGAUCGAACCGAGGGAAAGGCUGGGAGCAAGUGUGGAGAGUAUCGAUGAGAGUAAAGAGGGAGAUUUCAGCAACAAACGACUGCACAGGAAGAAGAGUUGGGGCUCAAGACAGAGAAACACACAAAUGCUUGGGUCAUUACAGGAUGGAGAACAGUAUAUGGGGGGAAGUGUGGAGAAAGAUGGUGAGGAAGAAUUAGUUCCACACCCUGUUCUCUCUCGGGUUCUCUUUCACUCUUCAGCUUCAUCCUCCUCUUCCUUCAACAACUCUUCAGCAGAGAGUGAUGAGGUUUUCAGUGAAAAUGAGGACACUGCCACCCGGAGGCAGAACAUGAAGAAGUGUCGAUCUUGGAGAACGUUCUUGACCAUGAUGCAGUGGUCUAAACGUCCACAAACCUCAUGGAUCCAGCUAGCGGGUCACCAAGGUAACGUGAGGCUGAGUGAGGGUGGCGAGGUGCUGAAGAGGUUUUGUGAGGUUGAGGCCGUCUGUCUGCAGGUCCUCAUGUCUGACGCGCUCUGUCAGUUUGUGCCUCAUUAUUUCGGGCACAUCAGUCAGGACGGGGAACAAUACAUCCGUCUAGAGGAUCUGCUUAGCGGGCUCAAAAAUCCUGUCAUCAUGGACUGCAAAAUGGGUGUGCGGACAUACCAAGAGGAGGAGAUAAGUAAGGCCAGGAGCAAUGCCAUUGUGCGCUCUGAUAUGUAUCAAAAGAUGGUGAAAGUAGAUCCGGCAGCUCCCACUGUAGAAGAACAUGCACAAAGAGGUGUAACCAAGCUGCGUUACCUGCAGUGGAGGGAUGACAGCAGUUCCACCUCGUCACUGGGCUUCCGCAUAGAAGGCAUUGUGAUGGGAAAUGGUAAAGUAUUACGAGACUUUUACAAGACACGCACAGAAGCUCAAGUGACAGAAACACUGUUAACCUUUACCAGGAGCCAGGUCCACAUUCUAGAGGCCUACGAAUCCAGGUUACAGGCACUGAACAAAGCACUCAAGGAGUCAAACUUUUUCAACAGACAUGAGAUCAUAGGCAGCUCUUUACUUUUCGUCCAUGACUGCAGUAGCAAAGCAAAUAUAUGGAUGAUAGAUUUUGGAAAGACCAUCCCAACCCCAAAGGAUGUCCAGCUGAGGCAUGAUGUUCCAUGGGUGGAGGGAAACAGGGAAGAUGGGUACCUCAUCGGACUGACCUCACUUAUCACUCUGUUGGGGAAAGCCAUCAAGCAAGCAGGGGAGCAAAGCUGAGAGUGACCUCAUAUAUACUCACUUAUACAGAUCAUUUCAUGUUGGAUCUAUCGAUAGCAGGGAUGUAACGAUUAACCGCGAGCCAGUCGAAAAUUGGUUGAGAUGCCAGACAAAUCUCGAUACAAUUGGAGUAGGAGUUUAUAUGAAUGUAUUUCUAAAGAGGAACUGACUACCGUAUUUUUCAGACCAUAAGUCGCACCUAAGUAUAAAAAUACGUCAUGACGAGGAAAAAAAAACAUAUAUAAGUCGCAUUGGACUAUAAGUCGCAUAUAAGUCGCAUAAAAAAAAAAGAAAAAACAUUACGGUCUACUGCCGCCAGAGGGCAUUCUAUGCUGCCUGAGAUGCAUCUCAGGCAGCAUAGAGCGCCCUCUCGCGGCUGUAGAUGGUAAUGUUUUCACUUGGUUCAUUUCUCUUGGUUCAUGUCAAAUAAAUAAAAAAAUUAUAAAUAAGUCGCACAUGACUAAAAGUCGCACAACCAGCCAAACUAUGAAAAACGUGCGACUUAAAGUCCGGAAAAUACGGUAUAUUUAGAAAAGUUUACGUGGUAUUUUCUUUUCAACUUGUCUCUGAACAAUGCAUAUUAAAGUAGCAUUCGUAAGCCUUCAUAUCUUAUUUGGGUAACUUUUUUGAUUUGGGGUUUGUUUUAACAUUUUUAUUUAGUUUUGUUAUAUUUCGAUUUCACAAAGAAACAUGCGGUAAUAGCCUGAUAAAAUGACACCUUUUCAUUAACUGUAUAAUGUCUUCAAUCUCAUUUUGUAAAAAAAAAAAAUCAUAAGAAAAUCGAAUCGUAAAAUCAAAAUCAUGAAUCGAAUCACAUCGAAUCGUGAGUUGAGUGAAUCGUUACAUGUCUAAUCAAUAGACUACCGUACUGUCUUUUGGGCAUUAUAUAUCUUUACAGGUUUAUAAAGCUUUACAGUUAACAGUAUUAAUAAAGCACUUGCAUUGCUAAGGUUUUUGCAUAUUCUUGUGGAAUUUGUUACUGUUUUUUACAAGUUAAAGUUUAUCUAUUAAAUGUUUAAUAUGCUGAAA